GUUCCUAUAUAUUUAAAACCCUAGCUGCUCAUCACCGGUGCCCGUCAUAUCGGAAUCCUCAGCAACUGUUUUUGUUAUCGAAAAUGAGUCGAGGAGGUGCAGCUGGCCCCAAGGGGAAGAAGAAGGGAGUAACCUUCACAAUCGACUGUACGAAGCCGGUGGAAGAUAAGAUUAUGGACAUUGCUUCGUUGGAGAAGUUUCUUCUGGAGAGGAUUAAAGUCGGAGGCAAGGCUGGUGCUCUUGGCGAUGCCGUCUCUGUUACUCGCGAGAAGAGUAAAAUUACUGUCACUUCUGAUAGCAACUUCUCCAAGAGGUAUCUGAAGUACUUGACGAAGAAGUACCUGAAGAAACACAACGUUCGGGAUUGGCUACGAGUGAUUGCUGCCAACAAAGAUAGGAACGUUUACGAACUCAGGUACUUCAACAUUGCCGAGAACGAGGGAGAGGAAGAGGAUUAAAUUUAUGCAUUCAAGGAACAAGUGUGGCUUGGAAUCUAUCACUGGUUUAGUUACUAGUGUUGCUUGUGUGAUGCUCUCUCCAUCUUUAUAUUUGAACUAAAGCAGUUUAGCAAUUUUGUUUUGUUUGACAGACUUAGAUUGCUGUUAUUUUUUUGUGUCAUAUUUGAGUAAGACCAACAAUAUUUCACUCUUCUAAUUAAUUGUAGGUGGAUCAAAGUAUUUGUAUUUUAC